AUGGAAGAGGUGAAUCAUUGCUCUCCUGCUCCGCUUUUCCUUUCUGCUGCGUUUUCUGUGUGCGCCGAAGUUUCUGCUCUGUUUUUUCUGUGCCAUCUAUUUUUCUGUGUUCCUAUCUCUAGUUCUUCUUUUCCUGUGCUGUUCCAUCUCCUUUCUUUGCUAUGCCGUCUCUUGCGUGCGUGUGUGCGUCCUUGGUUCUGUUUCUUUUCUCCUGCUAGCCGAAAGCCUAUCUCUUCAUUGGGAAACGAGACUGACAACUUGUCCUUGCUCAAAUUCAAGGAAUCAAUAUAUGACUAUCUACACCAUGUCUUGGACUCUUGGAAUACUUCUAAUCACUUCUGCAACUGGUACGGAGUCACUUGUGACCACAACCAUCAUAGAGUUACAGAGCUGUGGUUAAAUGGAUAUGGCUUGCGUGGAUCUAUAACUCCACAUAUCGGUAAUCUCUCCUUCGUAAGAGUCAUUGUUCUUAACGACAAUAUGUUGUACAGAGAAAUCCCACAAGAAUUUGGUCAUUUGUUUCGGCUGCAAACACUUUUCAUUGGCAACAAUACACUCGGUGGGACAUUUGCUAUCAACAUCACAAGUUGCUCUGAACUCAGUAACUUAUCAUUUGGUGGACAUAAUCUUAGUGACAGGAUACCGAUGGAGAUCGGCUAUCUCCAUAAGCUUGAAAGGUUACAUCUAGUUAAAAACAACUUUAGUGGGCAAAUCCCAAUGUCUAUGUGGAAUCUUUCUUCCCGUACUCUUCUUCCAAUUGGGGAAAAUAACUUGAAGGAGAGUAUGCCUGAAGAAAUAGGCUUUCUACAAAAAUUAAGAAUUUUUUAUAUAAGCAGGAACAAGCUUUCUGGUGCAAUUCCUUUUUGUCCAUACAAUUUUUCAUCUCUUAUUGUACUUGAUGUUGAAGGGAAUUUCUUUCAAGAAACAAUCCCCUUAUCUUUGGCUUCAUUAAAAGGUCUAAGAUAUCUAGGCUUGUCACAAAAUAACUUGUCUGGAUCAAUUCCAAAAGGCAUGCAAGAUAUCACUUCUUGGACGUACCUAAAUGUUUCCUUCAACAUGCUUGAAGGGGAGGUACCAAGCAAAGGUGUCUUUAGCAAUGCGAGUGCAGUAUCACUGAUGGGGAAUAAGAAGUUUCGUGGAGGCAUUUCAAUGGCAGGACUCCUAACUUGCCCUCUCAAAUCUGUGGGAGAAAGAAAACAUCCUAAUUGCAAGAUGAUAGUAUUAGUAUGUAGUGUGACUGCAUUUCUUCUUCUAUUAUCUAUUGUUGCUAUUUAUCAUCUGAGGAACAGAAGCAAGAAAUCUUUAGAUUCACCAUCAAUUGACAUGCUUUCAAAAUUAUCAUAUCAAAAGUUACACAAUGCUACUGAUGGGUUCUCUAUUUGA